GUUUCUGCAGCGAUGUUCUCACUAGAGCUGCACGACAUCUUGACCGUGCUGUGUCCGAAGAAGAUCAUAUUCCUUGCGGCGAGCAAGAAGGCGAGGGUGCUGCAGGCCUUGGCGGAUGACCUUCCGUCCAAGUUCCCCACCAAGGUUGAAGUCCGCGUUCGUGACAAGAGCGACAAGGACAAGGCGAACUUUCAGUACAUUCUUGGAGAGAUGAAGGAGGAACGGAGCGAGACCAAGGUUGGGACUCUCCUGAAGGAGAAGUACGAUGGGUCAUUCGCGCAGGAAUGGAACAGCUUUUUGGGGGAGGCCAGCGGAAUCUCCAAAGUCGACAUCACCAACGGACUGACGGACUUCCUUGCCAUCAAGUCAGACAAGCAGGUCGAGGCGGCAAGACAGGCAGGUACCAUCAACACAGCAGCGUUCAAGAGCUGCCUCAAUAAAAUCCUCGACGUAGUUGACAGCAAUGAGAAGUUCAUGCUGACCAAGAUCUCGGAGCAUGUGGAGAACGAGCUUCCCAAGACCAUUGCGCCUCUUCAGCUUCCUGUGGACGUCGAGGAUGUGGAAGUUGUUAUCCCCCCCAACGUGCAGAGCGGCACCUACGACCUUAAGUACUCGGCUCUGACGGAGGAAUCCCCCCUGAACCUCCCUGACAAGGGAGUCCCAGCUAUUUACAUCAGCUCUGUUUCUCUCCGGGUCAAGUCCUGCUUCGGCAUGUUGGCCCGCACAUUGCUGUUCAAUGUUAAGCCCGAGCAGGAAGCAAACUAUCGGCUGCUGCUGGAGGUGGUGGAAAAAUGCCAGGGGCUGCUGAAGCCUGGCACAAGGAUGAACAAGGUGUACGAGGCGGCAAGUGACCUUCUCAAGUCAAAGAAGCCAAGUUUGCUUGGCAACCUUACCAAGGAGCUGGGCUGGAGCUUAGGUUACGAGCUGAGGGAGAAGCGAUUCGUGUUCGACGAGAAGAACAGAAGUACACUGAAAGUUGGGAUGCUGGUGUGCCUGAGAAUUGGGCUUGAAAACCUUAGCAUUCAGUCGAAAGACCCAAAGAGCUCCAAGUACUCGAUGCUGCUGGCGGACACAUUCCUCAUCACUAAGGACGGUGCGGAGUGCCUGACAAACGCUCCGAAAAAGCACAGCAAAGUCUCUUGGAACGUGUCAGACGACGGAGACGAGGAGAAGAAAUCCGACAACAAGAAGUCUGUACAGGACGAGCUCGACAGAAAGUUGAAGGAGCUCGAGAAACAGAAGUUGUCCCACAAGCUGUCGGAGGAGGAGAAGGAGCAGGCAAGGAAGGACUUCGAGGAAAGAAACAACCAGCUCGCCCUGCAGAGAGUGGAAGAGCAGAGGAGGAGGAGGUAUAACGAGUCCUCAGGAUCUGAUGACAAGCGCGAGAGGUCUCAGACUUCGGGGUACCUCGGAACUGAAGAUUUUCCUUCACGUGCAUGGAGCAACAAGGGCUACCUUCAGCUCUACAUCGACGAGGCAGCUCAGACCAUCCUCGUCCCCAUCAACGGCCUUCCCGUCCCCUUCCACAUCUCCACAGUCAAGAACGCCAGCAUCCAGUCGCAAGGAAUCGCCGGAAAUGUUCUCCGCAUCAACUUUGUGAGCCCAGGAGCAGGCGUGUCCAUCGGGGUCAACAAGGACGCGAUCUACCUCCGUGAGCUCUCCUACCGCGCGCAGGAGAGUCAGAACCUCAUCCUCGUCCACCAGCAGAUCAUGGCGAUGAAGAAGACGUACCAGCAGGAGGAGCGAGAAAGGAAGGCAAGAGACGAGCUCGUCCCCCAGGAGCCUCUCCGGCUGAACCCCAACAGAGGGCCCAGGCUCCAGAACCUGAGGAUCUACCCCAACAUCCAGGCGAGAGGAAGGAAGACGGAAGGAGAUCUUGAGGCGCACGUCAACGGCUUUCGGUUUGCAGUCAAGAAGGCCCCGUCCCCCGACCUGAAGCACAUCGACAUCCUGUACCGCAACAUCAAGCAUGCCUUCUUCCAGCCCUCGAACAAGCACAGCAACCUCAUCCUCCUCCACUUCCGUCUCAAGAACGCCAUCAUGAUCGGCAAGCAGUCGACUCGAGACAUCCAGUUCUUCCUGGAGUGGCUAGAGGACGGAGAAAGUCUGAUGGAGAACAAGAGAAAGAACCCCUACGACAGGGACGAGAUCGAAGACGAGCAAAGGCAGAAGGAGAUGGUUAGCAAGCUCGACAGGGAGUUUAAGAAGUUCUGCGACAAAGUGCAGGAACUGCUUCCUCCUUACGACCCCAGCAACCCGGGAGGAGACAAGAUCUGGGAUUGGGACAUCCCCUACGUCGAGCUUGAGUUCCAGGGCAACCCCAAGGUCUCCUCA